AGAUGGGAAUAUCCGGUUCAAAGCGAGUCAAGACGACUCUAUCCAACUCGCCCGAGUUCCACUCGGCUUGUGACUCAGCAUACGAGGAGUCUCUAUCUCUCGCUCAGCAUGCUUUCGCCGGCGUUCGCCCCUACCAACUCCUCUCCGCCGCCGCCCACAUCCACCGGAACCUGUCAUCUUUCCCUCUAAUCAUCAGGUGGGUCCCUUCUCCUCCGAGUCAGUCCCAAGUCGACUCAGCCCUCCGAGUCAUCGCCUCCCGAGUCACGGCGGUGGAUAUUCUCGGGCCGGAGGAGUUCAAGGAAUGGGCCAUCGAGGUUUUCACGGAAACCGUCCUGGGAAACGCGAGGAAAGCGGUAGCGAGUAGGAUUCCGUUAGGAAUCGCCGGAAUAGCUGGGAUCGGCGCGGUGACUCGGUCAGGACAGAACCUUAUCGGAGCGGCGAUUGGUGUGUACGCAGUUGGAGUUGCAACUUCGGUUUUUCUUAGCCUCUCUGACUAAAAAAAACAUUAGUAGUGUUAUGUUUUGUUCUUCACAUGUGGUUCUGUUUCAAGAAAUGUACGGAUAUUUUCUCAGUAAACUGGCUCUGACAACUGAAAUGAGUUUGGUAAUGAACUAUGUGAUUGUUGUC